AUGUCUCUCCUCCGUGCUGCAACCCGUGUCAAUGCAAUUGCUCGCGUGCCUAUGAGCAUGCGCACUAUUCUACGUGCUCCUGCUGCUAUCCACGUACCUUCAGUACAGCGCUCUUUUUCAUCGACCGUGCUUCGCCUAGGCCAGGGUGAGACAGACUCAGACCUUUGUGCCUCUCUCCAGCAAGAGAUUGCGUACGAGAAGGACAGUGCCCGCCAAGAGGGUACCAUGGAAGUUGAGCCUGAGUGGCUGCAGCAGUUUAACUCGAAGGGUAUCUGGGAGAUUCAGGACAAGGCUGGCUCCGACGAAGUCGCCCUGGUGCGUACCUUCGGCAAUGAAGAGAUUCGUGUGCUCUUCUGUGUUGGUGAGGUGGAUACAGCUGAGCCCACGGAUGAGCUUGACUCGGAUGAGACAGACCGCCUGGCUUCUGGAGAGUCUGUCGAAGAGUUUGAGGACAGCUUCCCCGUGCGCUGUGCCAUCAGUAUUUCAAAGGCUAACAAGGGCUCGCUGAACAUUGACGCACAAGUUGAGGACGGUCAGUUCCUGAUUGAAAACAUUACGUACUACCGUGAUAAUGUUGUGGCUACUCAGAUGACGGCUGAAGCCGACUGGGCUCGCCGUGGGCUGUACAUUGGCCCACAGUUUGACACCCUGGAUGAGCAGCUCCAGGCCCAGUUUGAGAGCUACCUGGCCGAACGUGACAUUACUACCGACCUUGCUCUGUUCAUCCCGAACUACGUCGAGUUCAAAGAGCAGAAUGAAUACUGCGGCUGGCUUGAGGGCGUCAAGUCAUUCGUAGAGGCAUAA